GCGGAUCACGUGAUUCGGCGGGGUCUGUAAAGUGGGUUGUGCCGCUUUCGCUUUGACAUCUGAAUGUUGAUAAUGAAAAUGGCGGCCUUGAUCUCGGCUGUGGGGCGCCGUGCUGUCCUGAGUGCUAGAGCCGCUCCGAGUGGGAUCCGGGUAUUCAGCCAUGGAACAGCAGUGUUAUCAAGCGAGAACAAGGAGGCCCCUCAAGCCAAGUUCUACCCCCCAUUUCAGAAUGUGAUGCUCCCUCCUGAUACAUUCAAAGGAAAGGUGGCCUUUAUCACAGGAGGUGGUACCGGCCUGGGGAAAGGGAUGACGACAGCCCUGUCCAGGUUGGGAGCAGAAUGCGUCAUAUCCAGUAGGAAAUUGGAUGUUCUGAAAGCAACCGCAGCUGAAAUUGCAUCAGAAACUGGAAAUAAGGUUCAUGCUGUGCAGUGUGAUGUCAGAGACCCAGAGUCUGUUAAGAAAGCGGUAACAGAAGUCAUUCACGUGGCUGGACAUCCAAGUGUUGUGAUUAACAAUGCAGCCGGGAACUUUAUCUCUCCUUCCGAAAGACUUUCUCCCAAUGCCUGGAGAACCAUCACUGACAUCGUUCUUAAUGGCACAGCUUACGUAACGCUUGAGGUCGGCAAAGAGCUAAUUAAAGCAGGAAAAGGUGCGGCAUUUCUGGCUAUUACCACGAUAUAUGCAGAGAGUGGAUCUGGAUUUGUUGUUCCCAGCGCUUCUGCUAAGGCGGGAGUGGAGGCUCUAUGCACAUCUCUUGCAGCAGAAUGGGGACGAUAUGGUAUGAGGUUUAACGUUAUACAGCCUGGGCCCAUAAAAACAAAGGGUGCAUUUAGCCGUCUAGACCCCACAGGAGCCUUUGAAAGUGACAUGAUCAAGAGGAUCCCAUGUGGUCGCCUUGGCACACCAGAGGAAAUAGCAAAUCUUGCAGUGUAUCUAUGCAGUGACUAUGCAAGCUGGGUGUCUGGAGCGAUCAUACGAAUGGAUGGUGGUGAAUAUGUUUCAAUGGCUGGAGAGUUUAACAGCUUACGAAAGGUAACCAAGGAGCAGUGGGAUCUCAUGGAAAAAUUAAUCCGGGGCACAAAAGGCUCCUAAUCCCGACACCUCUCACUUAAAGAAGAUUGGAGGAAUAAUGGAGGAUUCUCCUUUCAGUGCCCUUCGUUCAGUCAGUUACACUAUAUCGAACGUCAGCUCUACUAAGCUUCCACUGAAUACCUUUCCACAUCAGAACUAGCACUUUUCAGUCGUCGUUUUGUCCUUAUAAGGAGGCCUUUUUGUUUGUUCUACUUGGAAAAACUGAAAUUUAGCCCAAGAAAUCAAAAACUUUAUUAACGGGAACUGUGAUUUACUGGUAUUUAGCAAUUCAGCUAAAAAUUGAGAAUCUGUAAUGAAUGAUGUCAUACCUGUUGCUGUUUACAUCACUUUGUGCCUUAUUACAUGUAAUAAAAUACUAUGGUAAAGCCAUGGACCGUGA